AUGGAUCAACAACAGAUGGUUCAAAUUAAGAUCAUUGUGUUCUCUUCAUCAGACAACAAUUCACCAUUGAUACCAAUAGCUUUAAGCAACACUGUGGCCGACCUAAAGCAGUUGAUAUCUGAUACUCUGCAGUCAAAGCCUCAUCCCUCCACUCAGAAGUUGAUCUUUGCUGGAAAGUGUCUAGAGGAUCAACAACAACUGUCCAACAUCUUCAAGCAGAGCAAUCUCACCCUGCCUCAAUCCGUACAUCUUGUGCUGAGAAAGCCUCUCCCAUCCUCUGUUACACCUCAAUUCAAGCCAUUGGCCUCAAUUUCGUCACCAUCUCAACCACCACAGCAACAGCAACAGCAACAGACUGACUCUAUUCCAAGUCAAACACCUACAUCCAAUCCAUCAACCUCCACACCUAUCGCACCAAUCGAUUCAACUCGUUCUCCAGCAAGCAGUGCUACAUCAUCUCCAAUGCAAACAUUCACAAUGCCUCCCAUGGUACCUCCACAGGUCAUGUCCUUCACUUUCCGUCCAGGUCAAAUGCACUUUGCCCCUCAACCUUUUGUUCCAAUGCCAGUGACUGCAAUCAAUUACAACAACAACAACAACAACAACAGCAUUAGCAACAACAGUACCAAUACCAACUCAUUUAAUUAUGGACCAACACCAUCUCAGUUCUAUGCAAACAACAACCAAACAUCGAUUAUGCCUUUUGGACAACCACAAGGCAUUCAACAGAUGAUCAAUAUGUUGCAAGUGAUGCAGGUUCAGCAGCAGCAGAUACUCUUCUAUGCUAGACAACAACAUUUGACUGCUGGUCCCCAGUUGCCUCCUGUUGCAAUCCCUGUUCAACUUCCAGCUCACCCUGCUGCGCCCGCAGCACAACCUCAUCAAGCAAACAGACAGCGACCACCUAGACGAAUCAAUGGUGGCACCAUAUUGAGCAUAAUAUUCAGACUACUGAUGCUAAGUCUAUUCCUUCAUGGAGGUUCAUUGGAAAGAACAUUUACACUAGUUUGUGUUGGUGUUGGCUAUUAUCUUUACAUGCAUGUCCUUCGCAGGCCACCUGUUCCUGCCGUUCCUGUUGUAAGAAACAAUAAUGUCAAUAAUGCCAACAAUGCCAAUAAUGCCAACAAUGCCAACAACAAUAAUGCCCAGCAACCAGAGCAGCAACCAGAGCAGCAACCACAGGAACAACCACAGGAACAACAAGAGCAGGGUCAACAACAACAACCUGAGCAACAAGUAGUUGUUCCAAGGGAAACAGAUUUGAUGACAGAGAUCAUUCAGUUCUUUGUACCAAUGUUGCAAUCGUUGCUUCCAGGAUGGAGACCACAAGCGAAUGGUGUUGUUGCAGCUCAGAAUGUUGCCGUUGGCGAUGACAAUGAUGACAACAACGAAUAA